ACAAAGCUGUUGGACCAAUUGAAUAAGCUUGAUGAAUACACAGUAUUUGUACCAAGUAAUGAUGUCAUGAAGCCCCUUAAUAUUAAGGUAAGCUUUGUUAUAUUAUAAUCAAAUAAUGCCCUUCAUUGUUUAAAAUUAGAUAAUUAGUUUCUUGACAUUGAGCAAUAUUUUUGUCUGCCAUUCAUGGAGAAUAUUAUUUCAUAAUGCAUCAUUCCAUAUAAGUCAGAGGAAUGCUAAAGAGUAACAAAAUUUGAACAUAAGGCUCGACUAUUUUUCUUUUCACAUCAAUAAGUAAUAAUGAUUUUAUGACAACUACUUAAGUAGCAAUAUAUAAAAUUGUCCAACAAUAUAAUUUUAUGACAUUUUAAUCAUAAAAACUUACUAUGUCAUUGUUUUAUUAUGUUCUGAUGAACUCUUUGCAGGAACAAAAUAACUAAAUUCUUAAGGCAGUUAUCAUUAACAAAAAAAACAAACAAUCAAGCGGUUAUAAUAAAUCAAAACCUCUCAACUAAUGUAAAGGUUUUCUGACAAUUUGACGCCAUAACAUCUCCUUGUUUUGCAUGUCCCCUGCAGUCAGCCAAUUACCUCAAGUAUUACAUAGUUCCUAAGCUUGUCUUCACACCAUCUGUUCAAGAUGAUGAUUGGGCUGAGACACUUCUGGGAAAUAAAUAUCAGCUGAAGUUUACAGUGUCUGGUGAUAUGGUCAGUUACAUUAGCAUAAUCUGAUGUUAUGGUUUUUGUUUAAUUCAAUUGCUCCUAACCUCAUGACUACAUUAAAUUAUUGGUUCCUAAUGGGGAAGGGGGAGAUCAUUCCUGACUUGGGGAAAUAUGGGUUGCUUUGAUUGUGUGCUACAGUCAAGUUUAUGUAGUUAAAAUUUAAACUUGUAUAACUCAAAUUUAUUUGUCAAUCUGAGAAAAAUCUUUCUAAACUUUUUUGAAGGAUGAAAAAUGUGUAUCCAAAAUUUUUACCAUGAUCUUAAGAACCUUUGAAAUCAGUAACAAGCUUGUUAUGACAGCCGUAUUUUGACACAUUGAUGUUAUUGAUCUUUCUAUACAUAUUCAUUUUGCUUUAGGUACUUGUGAAUGGAGUAAAAAUUGUUCAGUCAGACAUUCUCUUUGAUGGUGGUGUGCUUCACGUCAUUGCUGGACUCUUACAGCAUAAUCUCAGUAGAUGUGACCAGUCAUCAGAACAAACAGAGAAGGUAAGUUACCAGUCAUCAUAAAAAACAGAGAAGUUAAGUGACUAGUCAUUAGAACAAACAGAGAAGGUAAUCAUCCAGUCAUCAGAAAGGCAGGGAGGGUUAGUGACCCAUGCUUUUAUACUUAUUCCAUUUUCAACCAUGAUAAAUAUAUUUUCUUUCAAUAUUUAUCAAUUGGCAAUAAUUAUUAUUUGAAGAAAAUCUGUCCCCAUUGUUAUAAAUGAUGUAAAUGAAGAGGUAAUUUCCUGAAAUAGUUUCCCAUUUCAAAUAUUUCUGACAAUGUUGUGAAUAUUUUUUGUAAUCUAUUAUGUUAAACAUUGAUCAAUUAAAAUGUAUAACUAAUUUUGAAACACUGAUUAAAUGUCCUGAAUUAGCUAUAACUAAUCAUUCAUUUUACAGAGCUCAUGUGGUCAAUGUUCUGAUGUUGUGAAAACUGUGACCUGCCCUGUUGGAUUUGUGCCUAUUAAUCCCUAUCAAAUAGUUCAAUAUCAGUGUGACCUCCCUGGAUCAACAACCAAGGGAUGUAUGCUAAUAUGUUACAAAAAUAAUACUGUGAGUUCUUAAAGCUAAUGUGCUACAAAAAGAAAACAAAAUAUUAUCAUUAAAAAUGUUGUAGAUAUUUGCUAGUUAUAUGAUUGGUCAAGAUAAAAUUUGAAUAAUAGUUGUAAGAUUAUUUCGUUAUUAUAUUAGAAUAUAAUAAAAAGCAUUAUAAGAUACAUAAUUGUUCUAUUUCUCUUUCAGAUUGCUCAGUGCUGCGGGGGGUAUUAUGGGCCAUCUUGUAUUGGUAAAUAUAAGAAACAUUUUGAGUUACUUAUUUUAAUUUAGAAAAGGGCACCUGUCUGAGGUUGAGGUGCAGUUUCUGAUAGUAUUUCUAAAUCUAGUCUUCAUUUUAAUCCCUACACUCACAGUGGCUCUCACAAGGGCACUCAAAACUCUUACUUUUAAAAAUAUUUCUGUUAAAUGUAUUUGAGAACUUCUCCCUGACCAAAAAAACAAAAUAUGUGGUAUAUUUAAAAACCUGAUAGGAUAGGCAUGCCAAGUUGGAAACAUAUUCUCUUUGACAUAUUCCAAAAAAAUAUCUUUUACCAGAGAAAGUGUAGUAAUAAUAAUGUAAGUUUAACUAUAAAUCAACAUAUUAUUUAAAUGAAGCAAAUCACAAUGCCAUAUUAUCACUAUAAAGUCGGAUUGCUAAGGUUUAUCUGGUUUAACUACUACCAGCCUGAACAACCCACUUAAUGCUGACUAAUUUUAUGAACUAUUUCUUUAGAUUGCCCAGGUGGAGCAGAGACCCCAUGCUAUGGACGUGGUCAAUGUUUUGAUGGCAUCAGAGGUAAUGGAACAUGUGCCUGUGUACCUGGCUUUAUGGGCCAGGACUGUGGACAGUGUGAGAAUAGUAACUUUGUCACACCUUUCUGUAAUGCCAGUAAGUCCAUUCAGUGAUUGAACUUUCGAUCAUAGUUAAUGCUAGUAAGAUAUAUGUAUAACUAAUUAACUAAUGAGAAUUAAUAUGGUGAAUACAUUUUUAAAAUAAAAAAUAGUUUUUAAUUAUAAAUAAUAGCAUAAAAUAUGAUAAAAACUGCCUUCAAAAUGUUUGAGAUCAUUUUCAGCUACUAACUUUCAGUUGGCCUAAGAAUGGUUGAAAAAUAAUUUAAAUAAUUAUUUACCAUGGUGAAAUUCUAAAUGAAGCAUAAAAAUUGUUUUAAAAUUCUUUAGAGCACAAAGGUAUACACUCUAACAUAGAGAGCUAACAUAAUAUGAAAUGUUUGUAUAUAUAAACAAUUUUUGUAAAAGAAAUAAAACAUUAGAAAUUCAGGCCCUGUGCAAAGGACGUUUGCAAACAACAGAUUCAUAGUGCCAAAUAUAAUGUUAACUCUGUGCCUUUAAUAUGUCUGUUUUGCUUAUCUAUUCCUAGAAUUCAAUGGCUGUGGCUACAUGAAUGGUAACUGCAGCAGGUUUGCUGACUGUACUGAAAUUGAGUCUAGCGUUAGCUGUCAAUGCCAUAAAGGUUAUUUUGGUGAUGGCAAAACAUGUUACUCACUGUGUGAUUCCUUGCCUGGAGGUCCCUGCCAUCUGAAUGCUACAUGCCAGUUAAAUGUGAGUUAUAGAAUUUUUUAUUUCAAAUAAAACUGUUUUAAACAUGUUUUAAAAUAAAUAUUUAAAUAGCAACAUUUUAUUUGAAUUUUUAUUAAUGAAAAACCAAUCCUUUGUUUUAUCUUGAUAAACGGGAUAAAGAUUUCAUUAGAUUUGCAUUUCUUUAAUCUUUAGCAGCUAAAUAUAAAUUUUAAUACAGUUUGUAUUCUAAUAUUGGUCACAUUAUAGCAGUGGGUUAAUUUAUUUUAUAUGCAGCUUUUACUAAUUGUGAGGUUUAUAGGGUCCUGAACAAAUACACACAGGACCUUUUUUGGUGAUAAAUUUAAGUCUUAAGUAGCCUAAAUUCAACAGCCAUCUAAAAUUCUAAUUAUCUACCCAAGGAGGUGCAGUUAAAAAGCUUAAUACAAAUAUGUUAAUUAUUGUUUUAACUUGAUUAUUUAUUGCAAAAAAAUUUUGUCAAUCUUCAGUAAAUGUCAUUUACUUGUAACCUAAACAUGUGUAAUGAAACUUUAAUGGCAGUGGUCUGACAUAAUUAAAAACCCAGUUAAUACCACACAGGGUUAAACUCACGGAAGAGCUCCAUUAAAAUAUUUCAGGAAAAGAACCAAACAGUGAAAUGUGAAUGCCUUCAAGGCUAUCAUGGCAACGGCACAUGGUGCACCAAAGUGGUCAAUCCUUGCACUGUCAACAAUGGGGGAUGUGACAAAGAGAGAGCCAUUUGUUCCAUUUCAUUGCCUAAAACCACUGAC